UGCAAUUUAAUGAACACAAUACUCUGACCCUUCUUGAAUCCUACACAUAAACAGAGACCAAUCGAGGUAUGGAAAGACAGUAAAACAACCACUAGAACUAAUGAAAUUAGCACUUAGCAUUAUUAGAAUAAUAGCAACUAAUAAAAUCUAGUGACCCCAUCCUUAAAUAUAAUAAGGACUUACUGCAUUAGAAAAUAUAUCUAAAUAAAGCUAGAUUAGAAUAGAACAUUUAGAGCCGUUAUAAUCUUGCUAAUGAAUACCACAAAAGAGAGAGAGACAAGAGAGCAGCUUUAUCAUGACCAAACAGAAACAUUUGCAGGGGAGAUACAAUGUCCUUCGACCUGAUUUUGACUUUAUUUAACCCUAUCAUGGCCCAUAUUAUGUAUGGAAAGAAAUAAAAGGUAUAAUUGGCAGCACUGACACCUGAUUAUUUCAAGGGUAACCCCUUGAAAUGUACCAUCUCAUUUUUGAAAGGGUCCUUGCAGAACAGAAGAUAAACAACAAUAAUACAAAUCAAACAAAUGUGAAACAAAUCCCACAGAAAUACCCACAACAUUCUCAAGAAUACACACGCACACAAACACACACUCUCAUAACCACAUAGUCACACACAACCACAAUCACAACCACCAGCAUAGCAACUGCAUGGCACGUACACUUAACAUCAAGACACAAAAUAAGACAACACAUACAGAUGCAGAGUUCAGGCGCAUAUCUCUGUGAGGAUUAAGUCCAGAAUAAAUGAACCUUUACUCUUACUGAAAGCAAGAAAAAGAUGUUUUAAAAUAAAGUAAAUAAAGGCAACUUAGAAAUAUGAAUAGCAGUGAUACAGCUAAGUAACUGAGGCAACGUAUCCCAAGCUGAUGAAGCUUUAAACUGAAAUGCAAAAUGUCAAGUUUUUCCUUAUUCUUGUUGUAAAACACAAAAAGAUAAUUUAUCAGAAUUUCUCAAACCAUAUUGUGAAUUAAAUUGGAUUAAGUAUUUCUAAAUACGGAGUAUUUCAAAGUUUGAGGGGAUAAAGAUUAGUUUCUGUGCCAUGGCCAUAAAUAACAUCUGCAUGUUCUAGGAUUGGCAGCACCAGUUGUGUGAAAACUCUUUACGAGCUGGAAGGGAAAAAACAUUCUACAGAACGAUAAUGUGACAAUUUUAAGACAACAGGCUUUCAAACAAUAUUAAAUUUAGGAUUUUAGCUCGACCAGUUAGACUUGGAUUUUAUCCGACUCCAAAAGAUGAUUUUUCGAAAACUUUACAACAAAUAAUUGCAGUGAUUAAACUUGGAAAAACUUUCACUCAUUUAAGACUUUCAGCAGGAGGAAAAAUGCUGUUAACUUUACAUCAUUUGAAAAGAAUAAACCUACCAUUGCCUUUUGACAAAAUUAAAAUUAAUGUCCUAUAUUAAAACAUUUUGUUUUCACCAAAAGUGGUAGUUGCUUGAGUUGAUUAAAUUAAAAACAAUAAAAUCACUGACGGAUUAUACAUACCGAUUUAUGUCUGGUCAAGUCAGGUUUGUUUGUAUGGCACUUUUCAGCAACAAGGCACUCAGGGCGCUGUGCAUAACGAGGGGCAUUGCACUGAUGCAAAAUCAAAAUAAAAGGUAAGAAUAGAAUGAUGGAUAAGAAAAUGAAAGGAAUGUUGGACUGAAAACUUAACUAAUAAUGUUUAGAUGUCACAGUUAUUAUUUAUGCAUGAAUAGGUUCAUUGUGGUAAGCAGAAGUAGAAAUUAAUUUUCAACUUUCACUACUUGAUGCUACAAAAAGGGUGACGAGAGGCCAAGUAUCCAUAGUUUUUGUGUCAGACCACCAGGUGCUACAAAGGUAGGCUAUACUUUCCUUUUUCUGAACGAAAUGAUUCUGUUUACAACUAAUCUAUUUGCUUGUUAUCUUCUUUUACUCCUUAAUAAGCUGGUACACAGCAAGACUGCAAUGUCAUUUAUUUUUGUCUUCUUUGUAUAUAAUAAUAAUAAUGAAAAUAACAAUGUACAAAUAUGAUUAUGUUUUGUGAAAUGAAGAUGGCAAAAGAAAGAAAAAUGCUGAUUUCAUUACCCAAGUUUGUGAUUUCUUGUUUGUGUUAAUUUGUUGUACUGGGAUGGCUGUCUGAUCAAACUAUUUAUUUUCAGGCAUUGCCAGUCACAAUACUCAUGAUUUCUCUGGAAAGGUUGAUGAAGAGUCGUCCCACUAUAUUGCCUGAUGAUCGUUUCUGACCCUGACUGCUGUGGUUCUGCUCAUUCUAAUCUUUUUCCUGACUUCAUUUGAUGUCCAGGAGAAGGCACAAAAUGUUCUUGUUGAAGCAGCACCAAAGUGCAUGCUCUCUACAGUCUGUCCACCGGACUACUUCCCUUUUAAAAUUCAGAGUGGAGCUGCUAAUGUUGUUGGGCCAAAAAUCUGCUUUGAUGGUAAAAACAUUAUGAGUCACAUUUUGAACAACGUGGGACCAGGACUGAACAUUGUGGUGGUAAAUGGUGAGAAUGGAGUUGUAGAAAGGUUUGACUAUCUUAAUAUGAUUAGUGGAAACUCGGCAGACAUCCUGGCAUACUUGAAGAAGAUAAAACCAGGACUGAUUGUGCUGGUGGCCUCCUUUGAUGAUGCAGCAACAAAGAUGACAGAUGAAAUACGGCAGAUGUUUGUCGAGAUGGGAAGCACUUUGAUCAGCUCAGUUAAACACAGAGACAACUGGGCGUUUGCUGGAAGAGUAGGGAUAAAAAUCAAAAGCUUCUUUGAGCAGCGAGCUGUGAAUGAUAAGAAUACAAACGCUUACGAUGGAUGGCCAGAGAUGGUGGAGGUGGGCGGCUGUUUCCCAAGAAACUCAAGUGUCUAAGAAUCAAACUUCAUGGAGGUUUUCAUCAAUGAACUAGAACUAUUGGAAGUAUUUUAUUCUGCUGAAUUAAACAAAACACUCUGAAUGUAUGGCAACCCUUUCAUACGCACUGGCUACUUCAGAGGACAGCUAUUCAGAAGCUGUUUUCUUGCAUCGGUGUGACUUUAUUGGACUCUAGUGUGUGACUCCAUAGACUUCCACCUACUGACCAACCACUCCAACUUUCUUAAAACACAUGAAGCACUUGGACAGAUAUGCUGAACACCAAGUGAAUGUCUUGCCUUCCCCUCUGCAGUACGAGAGCUUCACAGGUAAAACAAGAUAUUAAUAACCUAAAUUAACAACUAUGAACUAAUAUAACUGUCAAAAUGUUUAAACCACUGAUUUUAUGUUUGGAGGAUAGGAAAAAGUCACCUUUUCAAUAAAGUGGAUGUCAUGCAUCACUG